UGAAAGCUUUGUUAUUAGAUCAUCAUCAUCCUCUUAGCUUUCACCAUCAUGCAUAGAUUCCUUCUAAAGCUAUCUUCUUCUUCUUUGAGAAACUCUAAGUUUCAACGUUUGAUCCUCCCUUCAUUAAAUCUUUUCGCAUCUGGGUCUCCUCCUCCUCCUUCUGCGAAUCCUUAUUCGGCCGAUUCGUUUCGAAAGUCGCGAGCUUUCAGCUCAAAGUCGAGGGCUUUAGGUGUAAGAUGUAUCAGCAGCGAAGCGGGGAGAGAGGCUAUAGAGUACGAUGUUGUCAUCAUCGGAGCCGGACCCGCUGGUCUAUCUGCUGCUAUACGGUUGAAACAGCUCUGUCAGGAGAAGAACACUGAUCUGUCCGUAUGCGUCGUUGAGAAAGGAGCUGAAGUUGGAGGACACGUCAUAUCUGGAAAUGUUUUUGAGCCUUUGGCGUUAGAUGAACUUCUCCCACAUUGGAGACAAGAACAGGCGCCAAUUGAGAUCCCUGCUUCUUCUGAUAAGUUCUGGUUUUUGACGAAAGACCGUGCAAUCCCACUUCCUUCUCCCUUUGAUAACAAGGGAAACUACGUUAUUAGUUUGAGCCAGCUGGUGCGUUGGCUAGGAGGCAAAGCUGAGGAGCUUGGAAUAGAGAUAUACCCUGGGUUUUCAGCUAGUGAGGUGUUGUACGAUGCAAGUGAUAAGGUUGUUGGGAUUGCAACCAAAGAUAUGGGAAUAUCCAAAGAUGGUUCCAAGAAGGAGACUUUCCAGCCAGGCGUAGACAUCAAAGGGAGAGUUACUCUAUUUGCCGAGGGAUGCAGAGGAUCAUUAUCCGAGAAAAUAAUCAAAAAGUAUAAAUUAAGAGAGGAGGUUAAUGCACAACAUCAGACAUAUGCUUUGGGAAUUAAGGAGGUUUGGGAGAUAGAUGAAAGCAAGCAUAACCCCGGAGAAGUUAUUCACACUUUGGGUUGGCCCUUGGAUUCUAAGACAUACGGAGGUUCUUUCUUGUACCACAUGAACGAUAGACAGGUUGCGCUUGGCUUGGUUGUUGCCUUGAAUUACAAAAACCCUUUCUUGAAUCCAUAUGAGGAGUUUCAGAAACUCAAACACCAUCCAGCCAUUAAAAGCAUCUUGGAAGGUGGUACUGUGCUUCAGUAUGGAGCUCGUACUUUAAACGAAGGUGGUUUUCAGUCCAUUCCCUAUCCAGUUUUUCCUGGAGGAGCAAUAAUUGGAUGUUCAGCUGGUUUUCUCAAUGUGCCCAAGAUUAAAGGAACACAUACCGCAAUGAAAUCAGGAAUGUUAGCAGCAGAGGCUGCAUUUGGUGCACUUCAUGAAGGUUCAAACAUGAACACAUACUGGGACAACCUGAGAGGUUCCUGGGUGUGGAAGGAGCUCUACGCAGCUCGAAACUACCGUCCUGCGUUUGAGUAUGGGCUAAUCCCUGGCUUGGCCGUAAGUGCUAUGGAACACUAUGUACUGAAAGGAAAGGUCCCUUUCACGUUGAAGCAUGGGAAAGCAGACCACGAAGCAACUGAUCUUGCUCGGAAAUGCAAGCCAAUUGAGUAUCCAAAGCCAGAUGGUGUUUUGUCUUUUGACGUGCCAACGUCUUUAUACAGGAGUAACACCAAUCAUGAUCAUGACCAGCCAUCUCAUCUGCGAUUGAAGGAUCCAAAGAUUCCAGAAAAGGUGAACUUACCAGAGUAUGCUGCACCAGAGUCACGUUACUGCCCAGCCCGUGUAUACGAAUAUGUGGAAGAUGAAGAGGGUAAGCCGAAACUGCAGAUCAACGCUCAAAACUGUUUGCACUGCAAGGCAUGUGAUAUUAAAGAUCCAAAGCAAAAUAUAGAGUGGACAGUGCCUGAAGGUGGUGGCGGCCCUGCUUAUUCCGUAAUGUAGUAAUCCUCAUCAACACUCACUUUACCACGUCCCAUAAAUAAAUAAGACUCGAG